AUGGCCUGGAGAUCCAGCGGACUCAAUAACACGGACCUUGUGAACAAUUUGAGAAGUGAGUUUCUAAGUUAGAUUAGGCAAAGCAAACAAUUGAAAGAAAACGUGCGUAUUUCGUGUGAAAUUGGCGAAAAUAAGUAGUCUCCAGAAAUCCCAGAAAAACAAGGCGAAUAAUUUGGUUCCGUGUAAUUUGAGCCCAAAGACUGAGAAGAAAAAUGAAAACAAAUUUCGAAAUUUUAACGAGAAGCCUUUCACUGCCUAUUGAUUGGUUUUCCCUCAGAAAACGGCUGUUUUGCUGGCGAUCGAGUCGCCGAAGCCAUGAAGGCCGUUGAUCGCGGCGAUUUUUCGAAACGAGAUCCGUACCAGGACGCUCCGCAGAAACUGGGAUACAAUGCUACCAUCUCGGCACCGCACAUGGUACGAAAUUAAAUCAAAACCUAGUUAGCUAAAGUGUUUGCUACGAAAAUACUUGAAAAUCGAGUAAAAGUUUUACGUUUUUCGCGAAGAAAAAGACUGAAAGUCAAUUGAGCUCAAUCUCACACAAAACGAUCAAUGGCACAUUUUGACAGCACGCAGCUGCUCUCGAAUACCUCCAAAACCACCUGGUCGCUGGUGCAAACGUGCUUGACGUGGGCUCGGGAAGCGGAUAUCUGACGGCGUGCAUGGCCUAUCUGGUGGGUUUUUGGGGAAAAGCAGAAAUGCUCUGGAACACUUGUGACUUUUUGAGGUCGGAGAAACUGGACAUGUGGUCGGAAUCGAGCACAUUCCAGAAUUGGUCAAACUCGGCGAACAGAACAUCGGAAAGCAUCAUAAACAUCUGCUGGACAACAAAAACAUUGUGCUCAUUGAGGUGAGAAUUCAGAAUAAAACGACUUCUUGCACAAUCGUCAUCAUUUUCAGGGAGACGGUCGUUACGGAUACGAGGAGCGAGCGCCGUACGAUGUGAUCCACGUGGGCGCUGCGGCGAGAGGAGUGCCUCAAGCGGUACGUGAGUUUGUGGCGAAAAGGGAGAAGAAAUGGACAAAAAAGAAAGAAGAAACUCCUUCGUUUGUCCUUUUUUCCAAAGGAGCACAUGAUGCACACACGCACAAAUUGAAUCGUGAAUCGACGAUGAGGUGCUAAUCCGAAAGGCCGUCAGGCAACCCGGAAAUAAGAUGUUGAAACUGAAUCCACGUUGAAACGAUCAGGAAUUAGCAUAAUACGGUGUCGAAAAGUCGAAACCGAAACUGAACGAAUCGUGGCCAAUUUGAAAGUCAAAUUGCCGUCAAUUCAUGCGUUUUUUUUCGCAAAACUCUUUCCAUAAUUUCAGCUACUCAAACAGCUCGCCGAAGGGGGACGAAUGAUGAUUCCGGUGGAGGAGCCGGACGGAAACCAGGUCGGGAAACUGUUCGGGGGAGAGGAAAUGACAAUUUCGAAAGUUUACAGGUGUUCAAACAAAUCGACAAAAUUAACGGAGAAAUCCAGCAGAAAGUGGUUACAAACGUCGUCUACGUUCCACUCACGAAUCGCGAAGAUCAGUGGAAUGUUUCGUGA